AUGGACGUAGGCCAUGCAUACGCUUACGAUGCUGUCUUCAGGGGUCGUCCAUCUCCCCGAAAACUCAGCCCUCUCUCGACUCUGAUGGGUGGGCUCGUCUUCAGUGCUGCGUUCCUCUUUCCUCUUGUGAGCGCUGAAGACCCGAUAUCCUUCCAUCCACCUUCCACCGUCACUCUCUGCGAACCCGUCACCCUGAACUGGACGGGAGGCACUCCGCCUUACAGAUUAGAUGUUGAGCCGCUCGUAGGCAACAUGCAAGUUACUAGCCAAAACGAGCGGCACAUCAAUAUCACUAAUCUGGUCUUCACGUGGACACCCGAUUUUCCUGCGAACACCACACUUCAACUUGAUGUGGUCGGGAGCGGCUUGACCGGCAGUGCAGGCGGACAUUCGAUCGUGCUGCAGAGCUCGAAUUCCAGUUGCUUGAGCGCUGCCAGCCCGACGACCUCGCAGGCCGCCACCUCUAGCAACAUCGAGAGUACUCUCAGCCCAAUGACGGCCUCAAGCCAAGCCAUCGUCCCCCCUAUGUCAACCGAAGUUCAGUCUCCCGGAGGCGGAUUGAGUAAAGGCGCUAUCGCCGGGAUCGCGGUCGCUGUUAGCCUCAUUGGCAUCGGACUAAUCGUCGGUGCCAUCUGGGCCGUGCUGAGGCGCAGGUCCCUUAUGCAACAACCAGGGAAAGAUUACGAUAGGAACAUCGUGUCGCCCGCAUUCUCAGACGGAGCUUCCAGCGUGCCCUACACCGGCAUCUCUUCCACGCUCAUUUCUGCCGAUCCGGACAAACCGUACAACUUCGUGGCCCCGUCCCAGUCCAUGUUCGGGGGUGGCUCUAACCGCGGCGAGCAGGACCUGCGCCCAACGCCAUACCUCGUCCCACGGGAGUCGACUACGUCGCUCUCGGAGAUCAGGCGAGCCCAGAAGCACAUGCGGGAGCUAUCAAACUCAAGCACGAACGCGUCUACGGCGGAUGUGCGCGCUAUGAGCGUGAGCCCCACGCAGUUCGGAUCUGACGAGGCGCCCGAGGCUGUGGCUUCGUCGGUGCUGAGGGAUGGCGGUACGGGCGGUGGCGUGAUGGUGUUCGGGGCGGAUGGGAGCGUGCGGUUUUCAGGGGGCUCCGAGCGUAUUGGAUCACUUGGAGAGACGGAGGUCUCGGACGUCAGGAGCGAGUCGGGGGAGACAACGCUACCUCCGCCAUAUGCUCAUUACUCAAUCAACUGA